AUAUAUAUUUAUGGUUCUCUUUUUUUUAGCACCAAUGUUGUUAUGAACUACUCUGAGAUUGAGUCCAAGGUACGAGAAGCCACCAAUGAUGACCCCUGGGGCCCAUCAGGCCAGCUCAUGGGUGAGAUUGCCAAAUCUACAUUUAUGUAUGAGCAAUUUCCUGAAGUUAUGAACAUGCUUUGGACUAGAAUGCUGAAAGACAACAAGAAAAAUUGGAGGAGAGUUUACAAGGCCUUGUUACUGUUAGCUUACCUCAUCAGAAAUGGUUCAGAGCGGGUGGUUACCAGUGCCAGAGAACAUAUCUAUGACCUACGCUCUUUGGAAAAUUAUCAUUUUGUAGAUGAAAAUGGGAAGGACCAAGGAAUUAACGUACGACAGAAGGUAAAAGAAAUGGUAGAGUUUGUUCAGGAUGAUGACCGGUUACGUGAGGAGAGGAAGAAAGCCAAGAAGAAUAAAGACAAAUAUAUUGGCGUUUCUUCUGACAACAUGGGAAGCUCCAGACAAAGUAACUCUGGAGAAAGGUUUGAUGCUGAAUCCAAAAGCAAAUGGGAUGAAGACUGGGAUAAAAAUAAGAGCAGCUUCCCCUUCAGUGAAAAACUUGGAGAGAUCGGUGACAAAAUUGGAAGCACCAUUGAUGACACCAUCAGUAAAUUCCGGAAGAAGGAGAAAGAUGACUCACCAGACCACAUCAGUGAUAAUGAGGAGGACAGAGUUUCACAGAAUGGGCGUCCUGCAAAGUUGGAGUUCAAAGACGAUGAGGAGAUUAUUACAACCAAUAGCAUUCAAAUCACUCAAAGCACAGAUACAAUCACCUCCAACUCCACUACCACCACCCUUACACGCAAACGUGGUGGAGUCCCAUCUAAAACAGUUGACUUGGGUGCAGCUGCUCAUUACACUGGAGACAAUAGUAGUCCAGAAGCUGACAACAAGACCUCAGCAAAUCAGUCAUCCACCCCAGGACUGACAGAUUUGUUGAUUGUUCAGUCUGGUUCUGGUCAUCUGUUGUCUUCAGGUAAAACCCCAUCAGGUAGAAACUCAAACCUCAUUAGUGAUUUUGCUGAUUUUUCCUCACCAGCUGCUUCUGCCAGUCUCCCGCCAGCUUCUGUAUUAUUGUCAGCUGGUAAUGGUGAGUUUUGUGGCUGGAACACUGUCUCUACCACUCCUCCUGAUGCCACUACUCAAUCUCCCAUCCCAGACCUCUUUAGUGACAUGUCCGUUCCUACUGCUUCCACACCAACAUCUGCCCUCCUUUCAUCAGCUGACCUCUUUGACCUGAUGGCCCCCAACAACAGCAGCAUCAGCACAUCCCAAAGCAUGACCUUCAACAUGUGCCCACAGAAUGCAACCUCAGCUCUGUCCAGAUCACAGACAAUAGGCAGUCAAUUAUUGCCUCAGCAGAUGGGACUACAGACGUCGGAGGGCAAGUUAUCAAUGCCUUCCACCUGGUCAGACCCAAGUGUCAAUAUCAGCCUGGAUUUCCUGUCUGCAGGCCUGAACCCUUCCAAACCCACACAGCCCACACUCAAUACCAUGAUGCAGCAAGGUGUUCAGCCACCUUUACAGAUGGUCACUCACAAUUUUGCCAGAAUGACACUCAAUGCCCAAUCUUCAACAGCUGCUCCCAAAAGAGGAAUGAACCCCAUGAUGGUUGGAGUCACGCCUCCUACAAUGGCGAUGGGUACCACAGGAAUUGGUUCUGUGGGUAUUGGAAGCAUGUCUGUCAAUCAAGGACUAGUGGGCACAAAUAUUGUACCAGCUAAAAUAGGCCUACAAGGUGCCCUAGGCAUGCCCAGCAUGGGUACUGGCCAGGGCAUGAACCCCUCCAUGGUGCAACCUAAACAAGAUGCCUUUGCCAGCUUUGGCUACUUUGGAAAAUGAAGAUUAACCCCAAGAGUAAAACAGUCCAAAUGCACCUUCUCAAAUGAGGGAGCAGCAUCCAGUUAUAUGGACAAAACUAGCCAGUGUCCCAUCUCUUUUGAACAGUCAUUUGUUCAUGUACAUUAAGAGAAAAACAAACACAUCUGCUUUUAUUUCAUGUUCAUUAUUAAUCAGAGAGUGUUUAUUAUUUUUUUUUUUGUAAUAGAUGCAAAGCAUAUUAUUGUAUACUUUUAAAGGAAAAAAACAUUUUUUUAAAAAAGGAUGCAGUUUGGUACGUUUUUCCACUUUGUUAUUAACAAACAUCAAAGGCUUGUUUUCAUCAUGGCCCUGUUUAACAUUUCAAAUACAAUUCAUAAGUGACCUCAAGAUAUGCAUUAUUUAUGCUGUGACUUUAAAGUCCAAGAGGGGUUCAUUUUGUACAUAUCAUGGUGUAAAUUAUUUUUAUUUUUUUUUCACUUUUCUGAUUGUAUAGGACAAAUGACCACAUCCUUAAAAUUCACUGAUUUACUGCUUUAUUUAUGGUUUGAAUUCUUACAUUUUGGCUGAUAUAUAUAUAUAUAACAAUCACUCUAACAUGACCCCCUUUAGACUGUAUCUGUAGAUAUAAUUCCAGUAUUUUUUUGAGAUGGCCACCUUUUAAGUUAUACAAAUGUGUGAAGGUUAUUAACAGUACUUGAAUAAUCCAAAACUUGUAAUAUGGAAAGUGUAAGCCAUUACAUUAGUAGAAGAUUAGAAAGUUCAAGAAAAAAUAGUUGAAGCCACACCACACAUACGAAGUACACUGGUGGUUGCAGGAGUGGUGUUACACAUUUCUACUAACUAAUUGAACUAGUAUUUACGUUGACAAAAAACAGUCAUAGUCUUUAUUUUCUUGCAAUGUACGUUGAUUUUCAAUUCACGCAUUGUUCCAGGUCAGUGUUACUUGUCCAUCACAUUGUUUGAUGGCUUUAGAAUUAAUGAAGUAUUGUGAACUCCAGAUGAAGUUUAUUUGGCCCUUUUUUUUCUAUUUAUUUUCCAUUUCUCAUCUGCUGCUUUAAACUUACCCUCCAUCAGAUGCUGAGGCUCAUGACCAAAUCUUUAUUUUGUUACUUUUUAGAUUUAUUCCACAGGGGAUUUGUUUCUUAUUUGAAUUAUAAAGAUGAAUCCUGUGAUCAUUUACAUUGUUUUAGAUAUACUGUAAGUGGAACACAUUUCAGUUUUUGCUGACACAAAGAGAUUAAGCGCCUGUUUUGUUGUGUUUUCUUUUCAGAAUGCAUUUUUGAAUUUUAUUGUACUAAAAACUUUAACAUAAAAUUAUUUCAUCAAAAAC